CUCGACUCGCAUUCGUUUUCGGAACAUACACAAGCCGAGGGGUGAAUGCGACGAAUAUAAAUAAUGUAGUGUGCGUCUUUUUGUUAAAGAGUCGUUUAAUAAUUAACGAUCUCUAUAUGUGCCGUACGUGGUUGUUACGAAUCAUGCUCGCUCAAUGAAAAAUUGUGCCUUAAAGAAUUCGUGACAUUUCGAUUGUUCGAAUUGAGAGAAAGACAGGGGUUUGUUGUUGAACCUGUGAACAAUAGGGGAGGGACUCGCGAUUUCUCGGUGUUUGUAAGCAAAAGAAUUGACGAAAUCUAUUAUCCGAGACCGAGAGAGUAUCCAGUGAUGAUCUGCGAAAUAUCAAUUGCCACUAUGCAAGACUGUACGCAUUAGUGUUGCGAGUACUACCGUGACGCGAAUAUCAAUCCAGUUUGAGGUUAAACUCCACAGCACACUCUACGUAAAUGUAUCUCUCAUUUUAUCCCGCCUGCAUCGGACAAUAGAAUCAAAUGUGCUAAGUUACAAGGCCAGCCUCUAACUUGUCCACCCUCUGCGUCAGAAGAAUGGUAUGAUAAUGUAGACUGUUGAAAAGCAUAGUUCUUGUAUAUGGUGAUUGUAUGUGGUGAUACAUUCUGGUGCGUCGUCUAUGCAUUGAUGUGUGUAUACCAUUUGUGUGUUAUGUUCCAAUCUGAGUGAAUAGGGAACGUAGAACCAUGGCAGAUCGAGAUUUUGAUAUGGGUGGUCCUGCAACAGAAAUGAUGGUAAAUGAUUUUGAUGAUGAACGAACAUUGGAUGAAGAAGAAGCAUUAGAAGGUAGUGAAGAUUCUCACAACGAGUUGUCCAAUUUGCAAAAGGAAGGUGAUAUGCCACUGAAAGAUCUACUUGCCAUGUAUGGAUACGGUGAUCCCUCGACGGAGAACUCAAACAGUUCUGAUCACAUGUUGCUGCCAUCUGGGAGCGGUGAUCCUGAGACCGAGGAGCAUUACUCGGAUAAAGGUGACAACGAUGCGGACGACGACGAUGAUGACGACGAGGCUGAUGCAGCCAGCAAUGAGCCGGACCUCAAGCAAUUCUACACAGAAAUGUUGGUGAAAGGGAAAGACAAGGCAUCUUUGCCAGGUUCAACAAUGAAAAGCAAUAGCAGUGGAAUAGGCAACAGGGAUAACAGAAAGCGUAGGAUCGACGAUGACGAAGACGACGAUGAAGAUGUCGAAGCUGAAGAAUGUUCGAUGAGUGACCCUCGAAGCGGAAAUGGAAAGAAAACUAGAUCUUCGCCUACGAUAGUAGGCGCUAAUGCUAUUACAUGCGACGGUAUAGUUAAUUUAGGUGCAGCUAGUGCUGCCGACAGUACUGUUGAAGAAGGUAGCGCUAGUGGUGCGAUAGAUGGUCCGGAAGAUAGGAUAGUCAGUGCGGGAAUAGGCAGUGGCAGUUCGAGAUUAUUGCGAAGUGUUUCGAGGCCGCAAAGCGAAGAAGAAGAGGACGAUUGUGAUUACAGUCCAGAUGAAGAAGAAUGGAAGAAGACAAUCAUGGUUGGCACUGAUUACCAAGCAGCAAUACCAGAAGGACUGUGUCGUUACGACGAUGCAUUGCCGUAUGAGAAUGAAGAUAAAAUGUUGUGGGAUCCCAGUCAUAUAUCUGAAGAAGACACGGAAGAAUUCUUGGAACGCGCGCAACUUCCAGCGGUAAAAGGCGGCUCAUUACCGGCUGGAUCUCAUAUUAGGGAUGACGAGCAAGCCUUAUAUCUUCUAUUGCAAUGCGGUUACAAUCUCGAUGAAGCAUUACGAAGACGUAGAAUGAAUGUACUUCCUCCUACAGAUGCAGUGAGUCUUUGGUCAGAAGAGGAAUGUCAUAAUUUUGAAUCUGGAUUGCGCACCUAUGGAAAAGAUUUUCAUCUUAUACAGAAGAAUAAGGUGAGAACGAGAUCUGUGGGAGAAUUAGUGCAAUUUUAUUACUUGUGGAAGAAAACAGAACGGCACGACAUAUUUACGUACAAAGCUCGAUUAGAAAAGAAAAAGUAUGCUCUGCAUCCUGGUAUCACCAGGGACUAUAUGGACCGAUUCCUCGAGGAACAAGAGGGAGUACGAGAUCGCAGCAGUUCACCCAACGUCCAUUGUUUGCUGUACGGUGACGCUAAACGGCAAAGAUCCAGCACCAACGUGAUUAAUAAUGACGAAUCCAAAUCUACAGAGGUUUGGGAUGGAAAUGCAGUCGAUCCAUUGGCAGAGAUCAAUGGUCCAACGCCGCCGCCGCCACCUCCACCUCUACCUCCACCACCACCGCCCAUGGUAACAUCGGUCGCAGCUACCAUAUCCUCAUCAAUGUGCAAUGCCAGCGCUUUAACUACACCAACGUAUUGUUCGUCGUCAACACGUCACCUAGAUUCUCAUCCUUCGUCUGAAUCGAGUUGUACAAAUCCGCUAGCAGACCGCUGGAGCGAUUUAACGCCUCGAAGUCAACCUACCUCUUCUGUCAUCACGACGAUAACGAUCAACACUACCACAGCUACUACAUCUACGACAAUGGUUACAGGCCUUGGCUCGACAAAUACAGUUACUACUAAUUCCACCGUCUCUGCCGUUGCUGCCUCCAAUAAUUAUUAUCAUCAACGAGUAACAUCUAGAAGCAAUGAUUCCCAUGAUACACCCUCACCUGAGAACAUUUUACCUCAUUUACCCCCUUAGCGUCUAAUUCGACCUUCAGGUAUUCAGCCUGAAAGGCGGCGGAUGUCUUUACGCGGUGUGCCUAAUUCGGCACUCACAUCAUCGUUAAUGUCUUAAUGCAUAAUAAUAAUUCAUUAAUAUCAAGGAUUAUAUUUUUAUACGUAUCGUAAUUAUUAAUUGUCCUUAGCACAUGAGUGCGUAAUGUUAUAUAUAGUGAUGCGAAAGAUCACCUCCCCUCCGUAGGGAGGGACGAGCAUUUGUGAAAAGAGAGACUAAAACAUACAUAUAUAGAUAUAUUGUAUGUAAGAUUCGAGAUAAAAAUUAAAAAUAAUGAAUUGAGCGAAAAACGAGCGAAGUUAUUGUAGCUUUCUCUAUUUUUCUCCAUCCGGGUUCUGAAGAGAUAUUUUCAGAAAAAAGAUGUAUCUCGAUUGAAAUAACAUCACGAUUAAAAUCAUAAUAGUUACAGUCAAUGGAUCGAAACAGAGAAAUGAAACAGCAUAACAUGUACCAUUAUUGUAAUUAAUAUGUAAUUCACAAUCUGUCCAAAGCACGACUCUGUCUUUGGAUUGGCAAUAAAUUUAUAAAGACAGAAUCUCAUGAAACUUGUUAGUUUAAAGGAAAAUAAAUAAAAGUAAUAAAUGUUCAAAUGAUGAAAUUCAAAUGAAAGUCAAUGGAAACAACAGUCGUCAUUAUUUUAAUGUAAAGGAUGCGCAUAAAUAGCAAUCCUAAUAAUUCAUUUUAUCUCAUUAAAUAGUUGGCUGUGUAUAAAAUCGUAUAGUUUAUAUUUUUCACGGUUCUCUUAGAAAUUAUUUAAGAAAAACACGAAGUAUUUCUAAUUUACUGAAUAUACGUUACGUUAUGUUUAAUCGUAAAUAAUGAUAAUAUAAAAGCACAGGCUAAAUUAGAAAGAA